CUGCAACACACUUCGAGUCGCUCAUCCAUCAAGAAUACACCGAUUAAAACAUCCACACUUUUUCCGCUAACGAUUCCGACCCAUUCCUUUCUAAAAGCCCAAAAUCACAGCUGACAGAAUUGCCAUCAUCCGAUCUACGGCGACCAUGUCUCCAACCACCGGCGCGAAACGCAAGUCGGACGAGGCCGACGUUCCUGACGACGAGCACAACACCGGCCUCGCGGCGCCGUCGCUUGACAGAAGUACAACAGAAAACGGACGACCAAUUGGCAGCGAAAGUCCCGCGAAGAAGAAGAGGCGAACAGGAAUCACGGCCGCGCAGAAACAAGCGCUGAUUGACAACUUACAGCUCGAGCUCACCGAACGCGCUCGCAAACUCCGGGCGAACUACAACAUCCAUGCGCAAAGUCUUCGAACCCGCAUCGAAAUUCGCGUCAACCGCAUUCCCAUGUCCCUUCGCAAAGUGAAGAUGGGCGAUCUCAUACAAAAGUACUCUACCGAACAGCAACAGAAGACCACGACCACAUCCAACGGUCCCCCGGUACCACCGAAAGAUGCGACAACAUCACGCCCCAUUUUCCAGCGACCAGCGGUCGCUUCUCGACCUACCUCUCCCAUACGGCCCAGUCCAAUUAAGACAAUCAGCCACGAAGUCUCCGGUCGCGACAAAGAAAACUACGAAAUCGAGCCCACAAACACGGAAAAACGACAACGUCUCGGCCCAGCAGCCGACAUCCUGCGCAACCACCCCAACCAAGUCCUCUCGCCGACAUCAUCCAACUCGCGCCUAGCACCACGAGGGGAGCGCACCCCAUCACCUACCAAACAACACCACCACAACCAAACGGGCAUCGGCGCGCGCCCAAUUUCCCCAACCAAACCCACAGCCGGCACAAGCGCAUCCGCCCUCCUCAGCAACAUGGUCGAAAAGGCGCGAUCGCGAGCAAACAGCCCACAAAAGCAUUCAACAAUAACAGAGAUGACGCAAGCCAGCGCGGCGAAAUCCAGAGCCAGAGCGGCAACCACUUCGACGGCUUAUGCUGCCACACGGACAUCGCGGAGAGUUAGUGGCGCCAGCGUGUCUAGUGAGGCAAGCAGCACGUCAUCAGUGGCGGCUCGGAGGCAGCGGCCGGCGACGGCCACGGGCGCGAGGCCUGGAACGGCGGCUAGUGCGAAGAGAGGUGUGAUGAGUACCAUCAAGAAGGGUGUGGCGGCGACGAAGAAGGCGGCCGGUGGUGGGACGAAGGAGAAGGCGGAGAAGGCGGCGGCGGCGGCGGCUCCCGCUGCGUCGGGGAGGGUGUUGAGGAAGAGGGGGUGAGCCGUUUUUAGUUUCGGUUUUGCGUGCUGGCUUUCGUAUGUCUUUUCAUUGCUGGUGUAUGGAUAUGGAGGGAGCCCGUUCAGGUUGUACGCUGUGGGAUUAGCAUUGUUACGGUUUGGCGUUGGUUUGUAUAGAUAUCAGGACCGCCGCUAGGUGUCAGCUGCGCAGAGUUCGGCAUUAUGUAUUAGGUCUGGAAGGGUACAUUGAGGGACAGUGGGACAUUGCAAAUUCAAGUCCUUUUAUCAUUUGGCGC